CGCUUAACGUAUCUCGGACGUUAGAGAUAAAUCAUCUCAAAUGGUAUAAAUACCCACCACGGAUUGUUAUGUAAGGAUAAAAAUAAAAAUGAAGCUACUAGUAUUUUUAGGAUUUCUUGUAAGCUGUAAUGCAGCUACGAGGCAAGAAAGAAAGUUCCCUGAUGACUUCCUCUUCGGGACAGCCACAGCUUCAUAUCAAAUAGAAGGAGGAUGGAAUGCUGAUGAUAAAGGCGAGAACAUCUGGGACCGUAUGACCCACACCAAUCCGACUGUCAUCAAAGACCUGAGCAAUGGCGAUGUCGGAGCUGACUCCUAUAACAAUUAUAAGAGAGAUGUUGAAAUGAUGAGGGAACUUGGGUUAGAUGCCUACAGAUUCUCAUUGUCCUGGUCAAGAAUAUUACCAAAUGGUCUGUCCAACAAAGUCAGCGAAGCAGGUGUUGCUUUUUACAAUAAUUACAUCGAUGAAAUGCUUAAAUACGGCAUCACACCAAUGGUGACCUUAUACCAUUGGGAUUUACCUCAAAAGUUGCAAGAUUUGGGUGGUUUCGUCAACCCACUUUUCCCUGAAUGGUUUGAAGAUUACGCAAGAGUUGUAUAUGAUCACUUCGGUGAUAGAGUCAAACAUUGGAUUACGUUUAACGAACCUAGAGAGAUCUGCUAUGAAGGUUAUGAUUCAACAACAAAAGCCCCGAUUCUAAAUGCAACUGGUAUUGGUGCGUACCUUUGUGCUAAGAGUCUAGUGCUGGCUCACGCUAAGGCAUAUUACGCUUACAAGAAUGACUUCGCUCCGACCCAGGGUGGUCAGUGCGGUAUCACUAUUAGUGUGAACUGGUUCCCGCCCCUCACUGAUUCAGAAGAAGAUAAAAUUGCUGCAGAAUUGUACAGACAAGCUGAGUGGGGUAUUUAUGCCGAGCCAAUAUUCUCCGCGGAAGGUGGUUUCCCUAAAGAGUUAUCAGAGAAAGUCGCUCAAAUGAGUUUGGAACAAGGCUACCCUAGAUCGCGUAUGCCUGAGUUUACUGAUGAAGAGAGGGAGUUCGUUAGAGGCGCAACUGAUUUCUUUGGCGUGAACCAUUACACUGCGUUUUUGGUAUCCGAUGCUAAAGACAAUGACUUCAUUGUACCUUCAUUGUAUGGUGACGCUGGGGCUGUUACAUCAGUACCAGACGACUGGCCUAAAUCUGCGUCUAAAUGGUUGACACUAGCACCAGACAGUAUUCUGAACGCGCUUACGUACUUGAACAACAAAUACAACAGCCCUGUAUUCUAUAUUACCGAGAAUGGUUGGUCUACUCGAUUGGAAGAAGGUUUAGAGGAUGAUGACAGGAUUACGUACUAUAGGGCGGCCCUUGAGAGUGUGCUUGACGUUUUGGACGCUGGAAUAACUCUUAAAGGGUACAUGGCUUGGAGUCUCAUGGAUAAUUUCGAAUGGAUGGAAGGUUACACAGAACGCUUCGGUCUGUACGAGGUUGAUUUCGAGGAUCCCGCGCGCACUCGCACGCCGCGCAAAUCCGCCUUCGUCUACAAACAGAUUAUAAAGACCCGCGUCAUAGAUCAUGAAUACGAACCAGAGACACGCACGAUGACCAUCGACGACGGAAAAUAAGUCAUAGAUUAAUACAAAAAAUAAAUGUUUUUUAAACGAUUAAA